UGUGUGUUGGAGGUGGGGUGAGGUGUAGGUGUUACGGUUGUGACUCGGGAUCUCCGUACCUGUUCGCGGUGCUAGCCGGCUGCAUGGCUGUACGUGAUUGUGACUGCGGGGUUAUAUGUGUGGCGUCUGCGACUAUGUGAAUGGGGUUUAUGUGGCUGUGUGUGACUCUUGGCUAUGUUAUUGACUCUGUAUGUGGAGGGGUUGGGGAGAGCUUGUCUUUAUAUCCGUAUUGUCCAGGCUGUGUGUCUGGCCAUACACCCACAGAAGAGGUUCUACUAAAGUUGGAUGGGCUCUUCAGACCGAAAAAGCCAAGCAGGCCACUCCAUAUAGUAAUAUGGUAACAGUUUAUUAGGGAACUUACAGACCCAGAAGCUGGUCCUGGGGUUAUAUUGGGCAAGAACAAAGAAGGCCCAGAGCCAAGUCAGGAUUUGCAACAUCAUAAACUUGUCCCUUUGAAGUUAGUGAUACAUAGCAGAAGUAGUUUUAGUACAGAUAGCUAUCAUACUUAGGAAUGUGCACGUGUGUUUUAAUAUGCACUUUCAGAGAGGGCGGGGUUUGUCUUAUCUAGGAAUUUAUGGCUUCUCAGGUUUGUGGCCUCACACUGUGAGAUUGUGAUAGUACGUUUGUGGUUCAGAUGGUGUGACUGUGGUUUUGUGUGACUGCGUGUUACUGACUCUAGUAAGACUUUGGCAGUGAAGGAGGAUGGAGAUGGAGAGAGCAUAUCUUCAUUUUGGUGUUUCUGGGUUGUGACAGUGUGAUAGUACUUAAGUAAAUCCUGAGAAUGUAUGAGCAUGAUGUGUGGCUGUAUGUUAACAUUUGUGUUAUUGACUGGGUAGGCAUUUGACGGGAAGAGGGUGUCUUCAUUUCAGGGUUUCUGGGGUUUGUGACUGUGUGGGUGGUGCUAUUGUGCCUCUGUGAGGGAGACAAUGAGUGGUGAGUGUGGUUGUAUGUUACUGUUUGUUGUUUCUCAUUCACAUAGGUGUUUGGGUGUGAAGCGAGUAGAUGUGGGAGGAUCCUAUCUUCAUUUCAGUCUUUCUGGCUGUAUGAUGUACUGGCUGUAUGAUGGUGCUUUUGUGGAUCUCUGAGUGAGACUGUGAGCUUACGUGCCUGUGGCCAUUGGUCAAUGUUGACUGUAGGAGUUUAAUUGGUAGGAGAUGGGUGCUCCUGAGAAAAAGAUUCUCAUUUUUGUUUUUGGGAUUGAUAUUUGUGCCCAUCUUGUUUUCACAACAGUGCCUCCAUAUUCUCCCAGAAGCAGGUCCUCUAUGGGUUUCUCUUGUAUUUCCUCCCCCUGUACCCAGGUGGGAACUGCUACAGACUGGGUAUCAUGGGAGUGAGUCAUGUGCACCCUGAGGCUAAUUGUGGGUUCUAGGUUCUUAGGAACUUGUGGUUUUGAAGUCUCGGCCGUUCCUCCUUCCUCUCUCCUUAUUGUGACAGAGGCCUCUGUUCCGUAGAAGUGGACUCCAAGUAGGAAUGUGAGCCCAGAGUGAAGGUGUAGGUGAAGAGUUUCCAUGCCCUAUACCAGGUUUUAGGAUGAAAAUUAUGGAGCUGGAAGUGGCUGCCAGGUUAGAUCCUGGGGUGGGAGGAGGAGAACCCCUGGAUCCUUUGGAUUACCCUACCAUGGCCCCUUUUGUCAUGAAACUUGGUCGUUCUCUGAUCCUGGAGGGAGCUGCUUACUCAGACUCCCUCUACCUCCCUCUAUCGGUCUAUGACAAGUAGUGGGAAGGAGGAGUGAGGCUGUGAUUUUUCUUAGUCAGUCUAGGCUUCAAGAAGGGCCCAGUUUUCCAUGAUUCUUUCCCUCUUUUCCACUUCUGCCCUUCUCUAAGAAAGAUGCCCAGAGAACAAGGAAAGAAAUCAUGGUGUGCUGCAAGCUGUGAUGCAUUCCUGUAUGAGUCAAUAUUGGGAGCCAUAGCAGUGGGCCUGUGCUGUGCAAUAAGCUGGAAGUGAAAGAGUCUCUUAUGUUUUAAGGAAGAUUUGUCUCCAGCCCAAAGAACAUUCAAGAACAUUUCUUCCUUCUCAGGAACCUGCUUCUCUAUGAGAAGAAUUCAGAUGAGAGCUGCUUAUUAGACCUUGGAACUCAAAAAGCCAUGGCCUCUGGGUUGGUGAUAUUCAAGGAUGUGGCUGUAGACUUCUCCCAGGAAGAGUGGGAAUGCCUGGACUCUGAUCAAAAGGACUUGUACAGAGAGAUGAUGUUCCAGAACUACAGCAACCUGAUUUCAGUGGGAUGUUCCAUUUCUAAGCCAGAUGUGAUCUCUUUAUUGGAGCAAGGGAAGGAACCGUGGAUGGUUGCAGGAGAUAUGGCAGGAAGACAGUGCCUGGACUUGCAGUCUAGUUGUGGGACCAAGGAAUUAUUUCCAAAAAAGGACAUCUAUGAAAAAGAAUCAUUACAAUGGGAAAGAAAGGAAAGACUUCAAAGACAUAAAUUUGAUGGCUGUAGUUUCAGUGAUGAUUGGGAAAACAAUAGCCUGUUUGAGAGAGAAGAAGGAAAUCAAGAGGAAUAUUUUAGACAAAUGAUAAUCACCUGUGAAAACAUGCCCACUUUUAGCCAGCAUACAGCUGUUACUCGUCAAAAGAGCAUUCAUACUGGAGAAAAACCCUACAAAUGUAAGGAAUGUGGGAAGGCCUAUAGUCGUGGCUCAUUCUUUGCUCGACAUCAGAGAAUUCAUACUGGUGAGAAUCCCUAUGAGUGUAAGGAAUGUUUGAAGUCCUUUAGCAAUUCCUCCAGCUUUGCUUACCAUCAGAGAGUUCACUCUGGCAAGAGACCUCAUGAAUGUCAGUUUUGUGGGAAGUUCUUUAUUCGGAGCUCACAUCUUUCUCAACAUCGGAGAAUUCAUACCGGUGAGAAACCCUAUGAAUGUAAGGAAUGUGAAAAGACCUUUACUCAGUGCUCACAUCUUAUUAUACAUCAUAGAAUUCAUACUGGUGAGAAGCCCUAUGUAUGUAAAGAAUGUGGGAAAGCCUUUAUCGAUGGCUCCCAACUUUCUUACCAUCAAAAACAUCACACUAGUGACAAGCCCUAUGAAUGCAAAGAAUGUGGGAAGGCCUUUAUUCGUGGCUCAGAACUAACACGACAUCAGAAAAUUCAUACUAGUGAGAAAAAUCUUAAAUGUAAAGAAUGUGGGAAGGCCUUUAUUCGUGGCUCAGAAUUAACACGACAUCAGAAAAUUCAUACUAGUGAGAAAAAUCUUAAAUGUAAAGAAUGUGGGAAGGCCUUUACUCUCAGCUCACAACUUACUUGCCACCAGAGAAUUCAUACUGGUGAAAAGUUCUAUGAAUGUAAGAUAUGUGGGAAGGCCUUUCUUCGUGGCUCACAACUUACUGAACAUCAGAGAAUUCAUACUGGUGAGAAACCUUAUGAAUGUAAAGAAUGUGGGAAGGCCUUUAGGCGUCAUUCACAUCUUAAAGAGCAUUAUAGAAUUCAUACUGGUGAGAAACCCUAUCAAUGUCAGGAAUGUGGAAAGGCAUUUAGUUGUGGCUCAAAACUUAAUCGACAUCAGAAAAUUCAUACUGGAAAUGCUUUUAAGCCUCUGAGCUAUUUUUCUCUAUCUUGCAGCUGAUUGUAAUCCCAAUUCAGUGUUUUAACCAAACAUUUCUCAGAGUAUGUCCCAAGGAACGCUAAUCCCCAAGGUAGUACUUGUGGAAAGGUUUCUGAAGUAGUAUAUACUACAUCCCCUUCUAGGAAAAAAAAGAUGCAUAUUGUCAGCACACCAAAAUGUUGUGAGAACUGCAGAAAAGAAAUUGUUAAUUUUUCUUAACCCUGUAUACUCCCAAAUUACUUGACCAUGAAAGCCCUUUAUUCUCUGGAUACCUCAUAACAUCUUUGGGAUUGGAAUACUUUUUGGGAUAUUCUACUUGAAUUGGUCAUUGUAGCAAUAACUCCGAGAUCUCAGUGACUUAUAAAGCAAAGACUUUGCAAUAACUCCGAAAUCUCAGUGACUUGACUUAUAAAGCAAAGACUUUUUUUUCCUCACUGCUGCAUAUUUGCUGUGGCUCUGUUCCACAUAUCUUCUUCAUUUUCAGAUACAUGAUGAAGAAAAGUGAUCAUAUUUAGGGCAUGCUGUUCUAGUGGCAAGGAGAAAAGAGAGGUAAAACCAGCAAAAGCAUACAAUGGCUGCUAAAGCUUCUGGUCAGACUUUUUAUAACCCAAGAGUUUAUAUAGCCAAGCCAUUUGUUAGGGGGUCAGAAAGUGAGUUUCUCCAUGAGGAUAAAUAACUUGACAAUGGGCACAUAUAUAUAUUAUAUAGAUUAUAUAGAUUAUAUAUAUGAAUAAUUGGAAAGAAAUGAUGUAAUCUAUUUCCUAAAUAAAAUUAGUAACUUUAAGGAUGGAAAGUUCAUACAUUAAGGAGGAAGUCAGGUAUAGGAGACAGUAUGUUCUCCUUCAAUGAUACAUAUUCUCCUGUUAGCCAACUACAGCAAGCUAAGAUCAAUGACCAGAUUGGUCCUCUUUACAGAAGGAAAUCCAUCUGCUCCACAUUCUCACAGAUUUUUUCCUUCUUCCCCCCUAUUCCUUCCCUUCCUGGUCAAGCCUUAUGUAAUAAUUUUUUUCAAUUAUUAUAGGAAUUUAAAAUAAAUUAAAUAUUGAAUUGCACUCAGUAAUGGUUUAUUUUUUAAAUCAAC